CGUCAUCUCUGUUUGAGCAUAAAAACAUCCAAGUGGGCGUCGUGAAGAGUUUGGUGCAUUCUUUGCUUUUUCUCUUCAAACUUCCGAAAAAUGGUGCAGCAACUGUCCAAAUCUGGAGCGAGGGACUCUCCUCUGCUGAAAGCCGGACAUCCUCCUGCAGUGAAGGCUGGAGGUAAACGGGUGGCCAAGAAAAGUGUGGAUGAGAGUGGCUCCCAUGGGGCCCCGGAUAAGGACACCAAGAGGUCUGAUAAAGUGAGCAGGUCUGUUGCUACCUCUAACAGGAUGCAGCAGAUCAGCAUUCUCCUGGCAGGAACUCUUGACAAGCUGAGCCAUGACUUUCCAGAGACACCAGUGAGCGUAAGGCACAGCAAGGUGCGCCCUGCGGUGGAGAAGCCCCACUUGCCCCGGACCUUUUUCAUCCAGCAGCCGAGGAAGCAGUGAACAAACGGGGAGGAGGAAAGAAAAAACCCAGGAGGGAAUUCUGUUAAGUCAACUGUGAAAGACAAACAUGAAGUGUUAGACACAGGAGGGGGGAGGGGAGGGAGAAAGGUUGUCUGUGAAGUGUCCGUGCUGAUGGAGGGGAAGCUUUCAUCAGACUCCGUAUUUACUUUCUAGAAAGAGAAAACGAGCUUUUUUUCAGGCUGUGCUUCUUUGUGAGAAAUCUCUUAACCAGCAUUAUUACCUGUGCCUUUUCUAUUGUCUAAGAAAAGUGUUGUAGUUGUGUUUACAGAUGGUUCUGGGUAAGUGAAACGUGAGGGUGGGGGGUUGUAAAGUGAUGUUUUUGACUGUUUUCCAGUGAAAUCUUUAAUAAGUAAUGCUUGGCACUUGGUAGAUUUAAUAAAAAAAUAUAUUGCAUGUUA